AUGGAAACGAUCCGCCGCAACCACAUCAAAUCCCUCGCCCAUCGCGGCACAAUUCAAGGCAUAACGAUAUCAAAUCCGUCUGAAUCUAAAGACCUCUGCCAUUACUUCGGCGGUGUCCGAUACGGCCUCGCGCCUUCCCAGCGCUGGCGUCGCGCUCAGCCUCUGCCCGCGUCAUUCACCUACGGCAGCGAGGAAGCACCUGGCCGCUGCGAUGGCGGUGCGGGGCUAUGUCCCCAGCCAGGGUUUCUGCAUAUCUCGCCUGAGAAUCCGGAUGCGUGGGAUGAGGAUUGUUUCCAGUGUAAUAUCUGGACGCCUGUUGGGGAUGUGCCUGAUGGGGGUUGGCCUGUUUUUGUUUUUAUUCAUGGCGGAUGGCUUCAAUUCGGUACGCCCAAUUCAUUCAACGCCGCCGCGUUGAUCGGCGAAGCCGAUUUCAAGUGCGUGGUUGUGAUGCCCGCGUACCGGGUCAACCUAUUCGGAUUUCUAUAUUCAGCAGAGCUGGAGCAGGAUGCUGCGUCCGUUGGCGAGACUGUUGGGAACCACGGAUUCUGGGACCAGAGACUGGCGCUGGAAUGGACGAAGGAGAAUAUCCAGCUGUUUGGAGGUAAUCCGAACCAAAUUACCAUCUCGGGGUACUCGGCAGGCGCAAACUCCGUCUUCCACCAACUAGCCUAUGACCUCCGCCAACCAGACGAGAAAUCUCUUAUCCGCCAAGCUUGCAUCUGGUCGAACAGUCCAGCUGUACAACCUAAACAACCUGCAGAAACCCAAGCCCAAUUCAACCAACUACUAACGGCACUCCAAAUCCCGCUCUCUCUCUCUGCAAGCGAGAAACUCGCCCAUCUUCGCUCCCUACCGGCCAAGAUCCUUCUCGACACAGCUAAGACUAUCGAGAUCCACCAAUUCCGUCCAACGACAGAUACAUCUUUCAUCUCCCCGUCGCUUUUCAAAUCCCUUGACAGCGGCGCCUUCGCCCGCGCUCUGCUAUCGCGCAAUAUCCGCCUCAUCCUCGGCGAAUGCAGCGACGAGCGUUUCCUCUACAGCACCUGGUUCCCGCCUGCAGCAGAUAACCUCUCCGCAUUGCGUACCCGGCUCAUCGCCGAUUAUCCGGCGCACAUAGUCGACGCUGUGAUACAGUUGUACUACCCAGACGGCCGUCUCCCGGCGCAUUGCAAGAACUGGAUCGACGACGCGUGGGGUCGGGUGUAUGCCGAUAUGCAGGUUCAUCAAAUGCAGCGGGGACUCUUGUAUGCACUUACCGAGAAUGAAGAGGGUGUUAAUGCAUCAGCGCUGCUGUAUCGAUAUCGGAUUGAGUGGCGGGCAAAGUGUGUGGAUAAUGCUUUGCCAGUUGAGUGGGGGGUUACGCAUUCGUCGGAUUAUCCGGUUUGGUUCUUUGGGAAUGGGGGGUCUUUGAUUGGGAAGGAGAGGGAGGUUGUGAAAAGGGCUUUUGUUGAGCCUUUGGGGAGGUUCGUUAGUGGAGAAGGGGAUUUUGGAUGGGAGGUUUCUGGGUCUAAGGGUGUGAGGACGCUUAGAGGGGAUGGGAGUGUUGAGAUUUGUGAAGAUGGGCAAUUGGAGGAGGGAAUUACGGUCUGGAAGAAGUUGCGGGAGGUGUAUUUAGGAGGAAAGGAGUGA